AUGGGCAACAUCUUCAAAAUGAAACUAACAUGUGAAAAAAGCACAAAGUUUGGACUGGAGCUGGAUGUUGCGCUGACAGACCUAGAGAAAACAUAUGAUAAUGUACCCACCAACAAACUGUGGGAAAAGUUAGAAGACAUGGAGUUAGAUGAAAUAUUGCUAAAUUGUGCUAUGAAAUUAUGUGAAAGUAACACAGUGAGAGUAAUGAUUGGGAAUAAUUGGGCAGAAGAAUUCGAGGUGAGUAAGCAACUGCCGCAAGUAUGUGGGCUGUCACUGACUCUCUUCAGCCUAUAUAUAAGAGCAGCUCUGCAGACUUGGCGUAGAAAAUUACAUGUUAUGGGAUUGAAAUUAAAAGACAGAAAGGUAAUGAGCCUGUAUUUUGUAGAUGACCAGAUUUUACAAGCAAAAGAAAAAGAUGUUCUGAGCGUCGUAAUAAGAAAGCUUACUGAUGAAUACAAAAAGGCUGGCCUAAAGAUGAACAUUAAAAAGUGUGAGUACUUGGCUGUUGGAAUAUAA